AUGCGAUCUGAUGAUCUGAACGAAGACUACUUAGUGGGAGAGGACAGAGAGGGAAAGGCUGAACCUUUUUCAAAUGCUCAGGGAAAGGUUAUAGAGAAUCUUCUGGCUGUUUUGGAUAAUUUCGAGAGAGCUAAAUCUCAAAUUAAAGUGGAGACCGAGGGAGAGGAGAAAGUUACUAAUAGCUAUCAGAGCAUAUACAAACAGUUUGUAGAAAUUUUGGGAUCUCUUGGUGUUGUCACUAUGGAGACAGUGCGGAAGCAAUUUGCUCCAAUGCUUCAUGAUCAGGCAAUAAUGAGGGAGGAUUCUGAGGAAUAUGAAGAGGGUAUAGUACUUAAAGAAUACAGGAAAGGUUUCUUGCUAGGCGAGAGGCUUUUACGUCCUUCAAUGGUGAAAGUAUCAGCUGGACCAGGACCAGAAAAGUUCAGUGAAGCUGAAGGAGAAGAAGCCAAUGCACAAGGAAGCGCAGAAGAAGAAGCAGAAGCAGCUUCAUCUUGA